AUGCCGCUUCAACUGGUCAUCGCCGUACCGACAUUUAUUUGCUCCUUGCUGUCACUCCUGGCCAGUACUACAUUCGCCAUCUUGUACAUCCUCUACCCUCCGGAGCGGCACUUUCGACAGGCAUUGAUCGUGAACCUACUUAUUGCCGGCAAGGGUUUAACUUCCUCACAUUGCGCAACGUGCCACUGACCGACAGGUAUUUAGAUUGGACCAACUCACUCAACAACACACUCUCCGGCGCCAUCGCUCUGUCCAGACGUCACGAUCCGGAAGCCUUGGCCGCGGGUGCGGCGUGCACCGUGAAUGCAUACGUUGGACAGUUCUCCGUUCAGGCGAUCGACUUCAGCAUUCUCAUCAUCUCUCUAUCAGUAUUCGCGACCGUCCGCCAGAGCCGAAUCUCCAUUGAACCGCCAUGGUGGCAAGUGCUGAUUGUCUGCGCGAUACCGUGGAUUCCUCCGAUCAUCACCAGUGAGUCCAGCCUUCAUCAAGGUCAUGCAUGAAACCGAAGUUCAUCCUACCUCACAGGUAACAUCGCACUGGCAUACAACCUUUACGGGCCAGUGAGUGGCAACUGGUGCUGGAUAUCCGCCAAAUACUUCGGCCUACGAUAUGCCCUCACCCAUGCAUGGAGGAUUAUCGUCUUCGUGGCCACCAUCGCCAUCUACACGUAUAUCUACAUCUACCUAAUGAGGGUGUACGGCAAACUAUCAGUCGGAUCCAGCACGUCGGGUGGAACCGUAAGCAGGUUCACGGCCAACGAAGACUACGACAUGGAGCUACAAGCUGGUGCGGAGGCAAGAAAUAUCCGCGCACGAUCUUCUGUUACCGUCAUCAACUCUGACAACGACCAACAGCCCCUUCGCCACGCAUGGUCCAAACAUGACCCGGAUGCGCAUUAUGGCAUGACCCCUCGAGAAACCAUCGCGCAGGUAGAAAGCCAACCUUCAAAUAUCCACACCCCACCUGGCCAUCCGAUCGGCACUUCCGGCGGUAGCGAUCGUGCGAGGAGGAGAGCUUUACGGAAAAUGCUCCUUCUGAAUGGAUAUCCGAUUUUGUAUAUUAUCCUGUGGAUUCCCGGGAUCGCUAAUCGAAUCGCGGAAGGUAUCGGUACUUCGCCCAUCUGGCUGAAAGUCUUGCAGGCCUCGACUCAACUGGUGGGACUGGCGAACGCGGCAACGUACGCUUAUAAUGAACAGUUACUGAAGAGGAUACGAAAAGGCAAACUGUUCAGCCGGCUAGGCGCGAGGGAAAACGUGUUAUGA